AACACUAAUCAGAAGCCAACUCGAAUCAUCGUUUACCGCGAUGGAGUGUCGGAAGGUCAAUUCGCAGAAGUAUUGCGCGAAGAGAUACAAGGAAUUCGAUCGGCUUGCAUGAUACUCUCCCCCGACUAUCGUCCACCUAUAACCUACGUUGUUGUACAGAAGAGGCAUCAUGCCAGAAUGUUCUGCAAGUACAGCACGGACAUGGUUGGAAAAGCCAGGAACAUUCCACCUGGAACC